GCCCCCGCCGACAUUGCAAAUUAGGAAUAUUUAAGCAUAAACCAGGAUAUUUUACAGUUGUCGAAAAUUUUUUUAAAUGUACACCCCUUCCCUUUCUAGAUCGGAUACGUAAGCUCGGCUUUGCCGCCAAUUAAAAUCAAUCAUAAGAAGGAAAGAGCAUAGGAGCAAACACAUAAGAACAGGCACAUACGUAGACUAUAUUAAAGACAACUACCACAACAUUGCUGGAAUUUUACUGCCGUCAUAGAUUUUCUCAAGUGCGCCAUCGCGAUGGCUGCUCCAGCAGCCUGUACGCGUUUUUCGGACAAUUACGACAUCAAGGAAGAGCUUGGAAAAGGAGCAUUCUCUAUUGUGAAAAGAUGUGUCCAGAAGUCUACGGGAUUUGAGUUUGCAGCUAAGAUCAUAAAUACGAAGAAAUUAACAGCAAGAGACUUUCAAAAGUUGGAGCGGGAAGCCCGGAUUUGCAGAAAACUUCAUCAUCCUAAUAUCGUACGUUUGCAUGACAGCAUUCAGGAGGAGAACUAUCACUACCUUGUGUUUGACCUUGUAACUGGCGGUGAACUUUUCGAAGAUAUUGUUGCACGUGAAUUUUAUUCAGAAGCUGAUGCAUCACAUUGUAUUCAACAAAUAUUGGAAUCGGUCAAUCACUGCCACCAAAACGGUGUGGUGCAUCGAGAUCUGAAGCCAGAGAAUUUACUGUUAGCUAGUAAGGCAAAGGGUGCAGCUGUGAAACUCGCUGACUUUGGUCUAGCCAUUGAAGUGCAAGGCGACCAUCAAGCCUGGUUCGGAUUCGCGGGCACUCCUGGCUAUCUGUCGCCGGAGGUUUUAAAGAAGGAGCCCUACGGCAAGUCGGUAGAUAUAUGGGCAUGCGGCGUCAUUCUCUAUAUAUUGUUGGUUGGCUAUCCGCCCUUCUGGGAUGAGGAUCAGCACCGAUUGUACUCACAGAUCAAGGCAGGAGCCUAUGACUAUCCUUCGCCAGAAUGGGAUACGGUAACGCCAGAGGCGAAAAACCUGAUUAACCAAAUGCUUACAGUUAACCCGAAUAAACGAAUAACUGCUGCAGAGGCCCUCAAGCAUCCAUGGAUUUGUCAAAGGGAACGCGUUGCUUCUGUUGUCCAUCGCCAAGAGACCGUGGACUGCCUCAAGAAGUUCAAUGCACGUCGUAAGCUUAAAGGUGCAAUUCUUACAACCAUGUUGGCAACUAGAAACUUCUCAAGCAGAAGCAUGAUCACCAAGAAAGGCGAUGGAUCUCAAGUUAAGGAAUCGACCGAUUCGUCCAGCACCACACUCGAAGAUGACGACGUCAAGGAAGAUAAAAAGGGAAUCGUUGAUCGCAGCACCACAGUCAUAUCAAAAGAUCCUGAAGAAAUAAGGAUUGUGUGUCCUGCAAAGACUUGCCAGCAAAUAUCAGGAAACUCGCAAUGCUCUUCAGCAGCCAGACGACAGGAAAUCAUCAAGAUCACAGAACAGCUAAUCGAAGCAAUCAAUAGCGGCGACUUUGACGGCUACACUAAAAUAUGUGAUCCACAUCUGACCGCCUUUGAACCGGAAGCAUUGGGUAAUCUAGUCGAAGGAAUUGAUUUCCACAAAUUCUACUUUGAAAACGUGCUUGGUAAGAACUGCAAAGCCAUUAAUACAACAAUAUUGAAUCCCCAUGUGCACUUAUUGGGAGAAGAGGCAGCCUGCAUUGCCUAUGUUCGGCUUACGCAGUACAUUGACAAGCAAGGACAUGCGCACACCCAUCAGUCGGAGGAAACACGCGUGUGGCACAAGCGUGAUAACAAAUGGCAGAAUGUCCACUUUCAUCGUAGUGCGUCGGGCAAGAUCAGUGGAGCCACGACUUUUGAUUUUAUACCACAGAAAUAGGCGAUACCAAUCGUCAGCAAUGGGCAUGGGCCCUCAAAAUACAGUCCAUGUUAGAUGCAACUCAACUCUUUCAGAUGGCAGCCAGCAAUGACGUUGACGUCCUGCAAAGAGCAAAAUGUAAUACUUAGUAUAAUGCGAAAGCAACGCGUGUUUUUGUUUCUCCAUUUGUAUUUAAUAUGUCUACUUACACGAACUUCUGCAUUGAUAUGAAUAUGGAUAUGUAUGUAUGUAAUGAUUAUAUGUUUGAAUGUGAAAUACUUUUGAAACAGGUCCUGACCCUUAUCCUGAAUAUUGUGCGUAAAGUGUAAAUCGGAACAUUUAAAGCCAUAGCUUCAGUCCGAAUAUAUAUAUAUAUAUAUAUA